AUGUUUAAUGGUGGCAUGGCCACAACAUCCACAGAAAUUGAACUACCAGAUGUUGAGCCGGCUGCUUUUCUUGCUUUGCUAAAGUUCCUUUACUCUGAUGAGGUUCACAUUGGGCCAGAGACGGUCAUGACUACCCUGUACACAGCAAAGAAGUACGCAGUUCCAGCACUGGAAGCACAUUGUGUGGAGUUUCUCAAAAAGAAUCUUCGGGCUGAUAAUGCCUUCAUGUUGCUCACUCAGGCUCGCCUCUUUGAUGAACCUCAGCUUGCCAGUCUCUGCUUGGAAAACAUUGAUAAAAACACUUCUGAUGCCCUAAAUGCAGAAGGAUUUACUGACAUUGAUUUAGAUACCUUAGUUGCAGUGCUGGAACGGGAUACACUGGGGAUCCGUGAAAUCAGACUCUUUAAUGCAGUAGUUCGCUGGUCUGAGGCAGAAUGCCAGCGACAGCAGCAACCAAUAACAUCAGAGAAUAAACGCAAAGCUCUUGGCAAAGCAUUGUCCCUUAUCCGGUUCCCACUUAUGACAAUUGAAGAAUUUGCUGCAGGUCCAGCACAAUCCGGAAUACUUACUGAUAGGGAGGUUGUGAGCUUGUUCCUGCAUUUUACAGUGAAUCCCAAACCUCGAGUGGAAUUUAUUGACAGACCAAGAUGUUGCUUGCGAGGGAAAGAAUGUAAUAUUAACCGUUUCCAGCAAGUAGAAAGCCGUUGGGGUUACAGUGGAACUAGUGACCGAAUAAGGUUUUCUGUUAAUCGAAGGAUAUUUGUUGUUGGUUUUGCACUCUAUGGCUCAAUACAUGGUCCCACUGAUUAUCAAGUAAAUAUACAGAUUAUUCACACUGACAGCAACACCGUGCUAGGACAGAAUGACACAGGCUUUAGUUGUGAUGGUUCCUCCAGCACAUUCAGAGUGAUGUUUAAAGAGCCUGUUGAAAUACUUCCAAAUGUUAACUACACUGCCUGUGCCACACUAAAGGGACCAGAUUCGCACUAUGGUACAAAGGGACUACGAAAAGUUAUUCAUGAAUCUCCUACGACUGGCACCAAGACUUGCUUCACGUUUUGCUACGCAGCAGGAAAUAACAAUGGGACGUCAGUUGAGGAUGGACAAAUCCCCGAAAUUAUCUUCUAUACAUAG